GAAAACGAGCGGACUGACUUGAGAGUGACAGUUUGGUGGUGUGCAUCCUGAGGUGUUGGACAUGCUCCGGACGGCGAUUCUGUGCACCCUCUGGGCCACCGCGGUCCUCGGCGCCCCACUGAGCAAAGACAGGCAGAAGCUGCUACUGAUCUCCUUCGAUGGGUUCAGGUGGGAUUACGACCUGGACGUGGACACGCCAAACCUCGAUCAGAUGGCCAAAGACGGAGUCAAAGCUCUGUAUGUGACGCCUCCGUACCUCACCAUCACCAGUCCCACUCACUUCACCCUCCUGACAGGACGCUACAUCGAGAACCACGGGGUGAUCCACAACAUGUGGUUCAACACAACCACGCAAGAGAAGAAGCAGUACUAUCAGACUCAGUUUGUGAACGACUGGUGGGACAACGGCACUCUGCCCAUCUGGAUCACAGCACAGCGACAGGGCCUAAAGGCCGGCUCUCUCCACUUCCCGGGCACAGCUUCCAGCUAUCAGGGUGAGACGGCUCUGGUGCAGGAGGUGGAACCCAGGUUCCACGACUACAAGAACGAGACCACAUGGAAGGAGAACACGGACAAGGUGAUGGGCUGGUUCAGAGAUCAGGACCUGGACUUUGUGUCCAUGUACUUCGGUGAGCCGGACGGCACGGGCCACAGGUACGGCCCGGAUUCUCCUGAGCGCAGGGAGAUGGUGAAGCAGGUGGACAGAACCGUCGGCUACAUUCGGGCCUCGGCUGAACGGCACGGGCUGGUCGACCGGCUGAACAUCAUCAUCACUGCGGACCACGGCAUGAGUACGGUGAAGCGCGGCGCCGGGGUGGAUGAAAUCAUUCUGUCCAAGAUCCCGGGCUUUUCCUUCCAAGACAUUGCCUUCCAUCUGGUGGACUACGGACCCUCUGGGAUGCUGCUGCCCAAACCAGGACAGCUGGAGAAGGUUUACAACGCUCUGAAGGGGGCUCACCCGCACCUGCACGUCUACAAGAAGGAAGAGAUGCCGGCGCACCUGAAAUUCGGCAACAACGACCGCAUCCUCCCCAUCGUUCUAUGGGCUGACCUGGGAUACGUCAUCAACGGGUAUUUUCCAGUUCAGUUCAAUAAAGGAGAGCACGGCUUCGACAACAAGGAGCUGGACAUGAAGCCUUUCUUCAGGGCGGUGGGCCCGGCGUUCAGACAGAACCUGGUGGUGGGGCCCUUUGAGACGGUCAACGUCUACCCCCUGAUGUGUCACCUCCUGGGCAUCGAGCCGGAGGUCAACGACGGUCAUCUGAGCAACACCAAACACAUGCUGGUCUCAAGCAAUUUGUCUCAAGAUACAAAUGAAGGCGACGCCUGGGGUUAUCAGAAAAGAUUAUUCAUUGGAUUUUCUGCUAUGGGUGGAUUUCUGGUGAUCGCUUUUGCCGUAACUGUGUUAACAAAACUGCUCAAAAAGCCCAAGAAUAAAAGAUCAAAGAGUCUGGAAAGUCUUCCAGAAAAAGUGGACAUAAAGCAAACUACUCUAUAAACGCUCCAAACAACUAAACUGGAUCUGAAGUUCGUCUUCCAUAGAAAUGAGUCAAAAUGAAUGAGCUCUUCUCAAAGACUGUAAAUGAACUAAUAUAAAUAUAUAUGUAUAUUAAAAGUGACUUCCUUUAAAUGUUUGAAUGAAGUUUGUACAUCUUGUCGAGAUGAAUUUUUAUUCUUUUAAUGAAUAAACUCUACCUCAAAAGU